AAAAGCCAAAGGCGAACAGUGGUGCCAGCUCGUGUGGCAACCAGGGUUUGUUUCUCUGGGAUUCUCUGGCCUUCCUGAUCUGAACUACGGGGAGCUUAGAGCUGGAGCAGGUGCUCGGCCUGGCCUGGGCUCCCGCUUUGGGCCGUUAGAGCAGCAUCUGCAGGUUUCCAACCUUGGCUGCAGGGGCGGGCGGGGGCGUGAUAUGAUGCAGCUCCCCGGUCACCUUGGCUUGAGUGGUGUCGCCAGCCCCUCCUUCAAAGAGGCCUUCUUCACCAGUGAGACCAGGAGCACAUAACUUGCCUGGACAGGAAGGGAACAUGUGGCCGAAUCAUCUGAUGUCCUGAGCAUCCCGGCCAGGCUGCCUGCUUCCCGUUCUUUCCUGGGAUGGUCCUUCUGCUGUACCUUUGAGGGCGCUGAAUCACCCAAGGAAUAAGCAAAGGACCACAAGUCCUCAGGGGAGGGGAGAAACGGAUAUGACCUACGGACGUGCCCACCGCAGGAGCAGGAGCGUGGCGCAGAGUCUGGGAACACAGGCAAAUGGAGGGACACGUCGGAGGCAACAUCCCAACUGCAGCUCCUCCCCGUCGUGGCCAAACUGCGGCCCGACGUGGCACGAAAGGACCCAGUGGGUGUGGAUGUUUCUUCUGUCGACAUCCCUCCUCCUCGGCCCUGUCCAGUCCUUCCUCGCCCCCACCACAGCUCUCCAGGGCCUGAGCAAGUCAUGGGAGAGGGCUGAAGACUGAGGGCUGGGGACCUCCGAGAGCCCAGAUGCUCACAGUCUCCUGCAGGACUAGGAGUUCCCCAGAGCGCUGAGGACAGAAGACCCGUGGAGUCCUCUUCUCCAUCAGGACCUGAGGCUACAGAGCUUCUUGGAGAGCAGGUGAGGAAAGGGAAUCUGAGAGCAGCGAGUGAAUUUUCGUAACAUCACAGAACCGCAAGGCAAAACAGCUCUCCUCAGCCAGACACCCUGUCACUCUGAAUACAGGAAAGAUGAAAGACACCCCUCUGAACAAGGCAACAACAGGGGCAUCUCAGAGAAGAUGCCAAGAAAAUCACUUGACUCCUGAGGACACCUGUAAUUCUCUGACGGACAAGAUGAGCACGUCCCUGGUGCUGCAGAGCCUGCUGGACGACCAGGCUGGUGCUGAUUUGCAAAGGGACGAGGAUGACAUUGCUCUGCGUGAGGAUGUGGAGCAACAAGGCAGAGAUCUGACGGCUGAAGAAAAAAUAUUUUUGGAAGAGUUUCCCUACUUUAAAGGGGAACUCGAAAGGGCCAUAAGAAAAUACCGUGCCCUUGCGGACCACAUCGACAAAAUCCACACUACAUUCACCAAGACCAAUGUGGUGACCAACUCCAUCUCUGUCGUCUCAGGAGCAAUGAGCAUCCUGGGUUUGGCCCUCGCUCCAGCAACAGCAGGAGGAAGCCUGAUUUUUUCUGCUGUUGGUAGUGGUUUGGGGACAGUAGCUGGGGUCACCAGCACCGUAACCAGCAUUGUGAAAUACAUUCACAAUAGAGAAGUCCAAGCUCAGGUCAGCAGCCAAGAGUCCACUUGUGACCAAAACAUCAAGGAGGAUAUAAAGAAGGUAUCUGAUCUCCUGAUGAUGGGGAAGUCUCUUUAUGACUAUGAAAGAAACAUCGAGGAUAUCAAGAAGAACUUGAGGGCCUUUCAGAUAGCCAGAGCCCACCCACACCUGGCCACUGCUGCCAAGCGUCUCCUGACCACUGGCCAAGUCUCAGCCCGAAAGAGCAGGCAGGUGCAAAAGGCCUUUGGGGGUACAGUACUGGUGAUGACCAAAAGUUCUCGCUUGUUGAAUAGUGCGAUGUUUGGCUUCAGUCUCGGCAUGGACUUGAACACCCUCCGGAAGGACUGGGGGGAACUGAAGGAAGGAGCAAAGACGGAGCUUGCAGAAGAGCUGAGGGCCCGGGCUUCGAAGUUGGAAAGGAAGCUGACAGAACUCACCCAGCUCUAUGAGAGCUUGCAGCAGAAGGGAGGAAGCCGCAAGAAUUAAAUGUUAAAUCAAGCGGUAUUCAGAGCCUGCAAUGUGCCAGACCACGAGAAACCAGGGAACAAAAGAAGACCCUGCUGGGAUUAUUAAUGAACCAUUGACCCACGCCAUGAUGGGAAAAGAGUCUUCGAGUGCAUCUUCAGUUGCUUCUCUGCUCUCUUCCUCCCCGACCUGGGCAGUAAUCACUUGGUAAGAUCCUCCUUUGUUUGCCCACAAAAGAAUGUCACUGAAACCUGCUCAACCAGAUUCCGUUAGAAAGGUGAGAGGCCCUGUUGUCCCCACAACCCUGUUCUUGGAACGCCUUAGGACACCAGAACCUGUAGGAACUCUCCAGGCUUCGAGCUCCCCUAUCUUAAACAUACGCAUUUUGGUCGUUUUGCUUUGUUUUAGCUGCUAUUCUGAAAGUAGUUCAUUGACAUUAAAUGUACAUUUUUUUUUUUUUAAUUCAGGAAAGGAAAAAAUAGGGAGGAAGAAAUAAUGCACUAACCAAGGGUGACAACUGUUGCUCUUUUGGUGUGGGAUUUUCUUCCUGUGCUUUUCCUGCUUUGGGUGUUCAAGUACUGGCUUUACCUAGUCGUCUUUAGACUGCCUGCUGGGGCCCCUGCCUCCAAGCUACAUUCUAAAAUGGAUUUUUUUCUGCAACCUACUGAGUUUUCUUUCUCAUUCUCAAUGCCCUCGUUUGCCUUGUAGAUCUAUAACUUUCUCUCUCGCUGUUUUCACUUAGCAGUGUUUCCUACCAUUCGACGUUACACUGUUUUGAUAGAUGCUGUUUUUUAGGUGGCAAAAUAUCCUCCUGACUGUAUGUACAAUCUUUUAAGUAGACAGAUAUUAGUCAUCACUCUUUCUCAAAGCCGACUCAAAGUGGCUUAUGCAGAAAAAGGAACUUAUUGUCUCAUGUACUUAAAAAGCUUAGGAGUACAGGUGGGCUUCAGGUGUGUCUAGAGCCAGAAGGUAAAAAUGAUGUCAUCAGGCCUGUCUUUUCGUUUCUCAGACAGGUUUCCACCGCCCGCAAGUAAGGCCCCAGGAGCCCCAGGUGUACCCCCUCCCCGCUGGAAAGGGGCGGGACAAAAGCCCAGGGACCCAUUCUGAUCCCUCAGGACUGGGUCACAUACCUUUGCCUGCACUGGUUGCUAGGGAACUAUGUGGCUUGUGAAUGGAGAAAAUAGAUCAUGAAAAGCCACAACGAGUGCCCCGGAUGGCCCUCCCCUUCCAGAAACAUUUAGAUCGUUUCUAAUUUCUCAUUAUACAUGGUGGUCAAAUAAAUAUCUGUGUGCCAAAA